AUGUUUGUCAGGAUCAUUCAGGAGGCUGAAAUCCUGGCCCAAACAUUACUAAUACCACUGAAACUACAGCAUAAAAUCACCGCUGCAGCAGCAGCAGCAGCAGCGUGCUUCAGCGAGGAUGAUUUUUACUGUCCCGUCUGCCAGGAGGUGUUCAAAACGCCUGUGAGGACCGCGAACUGCCAGCACGUGUUUUGCAGGAAGUGCUUCUUGACAGCUAUCAGAGAAAGUGGAACACAUUGUCCUCUCUGCCGGGGGAGCGUGACUAAAAAAGAAAGAACGUAUCCCAAAAGGGCUUUAGAUGUUGAAAACAGCAUGAAGAAAGCUUCUGGGGGCUGUAGAUGCUGUGAGAAGCAGGUUAGGUUUUCAUGGAUGAGACAGCAUUAUAAAACAUGUAAGAAGUAUCAGGAUGAAUAUGGUGUUUCUUCUAUUAUUCCAAACUUACAGAUUUCCCAAGAUUCAACAGGGAACAGUAGCAGGAGUGAUGCAAUAUCUGAUAAUGGCGAGAUGGCUAAUAAUCAAAUACUUCAAGGAGAAACAAGUGGACACCCAACCUUCAAAUGCCCCCUGUGUCAGGAAGCCAAUUUUACCAGACAACGCUUGCUGGAUCACUGUAAUAAUAGACAUCUUUAUCAGAUAGUUCCUGUAAUCUGUCCUAUUUGUGUAUCUCUUCCUUGGGCAGAUACUAACCAGGUUACUAGAAAUCUUGUUAGUCAUCUAAAUCUAAGACACCAGUUUGACUACGGAGAAUUUGUGAAUCUUCAGCUUGAUGAAGAAGCCCAAUACCAAAAUGCAGUUCAAGAAUCCUGUCAUGUGAACUUUUAAAGUAUAGUCCCCCCUUCAUCCUACUGAUUAUCUGAGAGAAAAAUUACAUUAAUUCUGUUGGUGAUCUGAAGUGUAUAUUAAUAAAAAUGGUAUUCAGUAACCACUUUUCAGGCUUAACUUUUCUACGCUCAUAAAGACUUUUCAUAAAUGAUUUUGCUGAAACUCAAACUUGACAUCUUCACUCAGAUCUGUCCC